AUGGAUCAAGCAAAAAGAAAAGACCCAGAGAGGAACAACAACAGAGGUGGCUUUGGUGAGGGUUUCAAUGAGGUAAGAGACAAUGAUGGAGGUGAUGGUCGUUGCGGUGUUGAAGACAAUGGGUUUGAUGAUGGUGAACGAUAUGGAGUGUGGUCGGUGUGUUCUCGAGCACUGAAGGAGGUG